CCUGGGUCCCUCUUCCACUGCAGGAAGGUUCCCUACUCGCCGGUCCAAGCGCAUGAAUCCCUUCCCAGAUCUGAAUGCUACUGGGUCACAACGCCGGAGGGGAGGAAAUUCUCCCAACAGAGGCGGCAGAGGUGGAAGAAGAGGCGGCAGAGGUGGCCGUACUCCAGUUAGGCCAAACCCACCAAGAGGUCUUCAUUUGGUUGAUGAAGAAACAGAUGAUGAAGAAGGAGAUCCUACCUUUGCAGAACCAGAAGCCCGAGCUCACUUCUCAAGCUCCACUGAGUCAUCCUCCAACGACUCAACUCCACCAGCAUCAACUCAGGGGGAGACAUUUCAGCCCAACAUGGCAGCAGCCUCUUCUCAACAUCCUGCUUCUGAAGAUGUUGCUGCACAUGUUCCUGAAAAUGCUGCUGCACCUACUGUCUCAUACAAUGCCCCUCAGAGUGCUGCUGAGGAUGCUGCUCCCUACCAAGAUGAGGAAAUGCCAGACUUUUCUGGGAUGUCCUCUGCUGAGCAUGUAUAUAUUCCCACUGUUGAUGCCCAGGACUUUACUACCACUGAAGAAACACCCUCAACUCCACAUGAAGAUCCUCUGGAAACUCUGGUAGAGGCAGUUGUUCAAGUGGAUGCACCACCUUCCCAGGUUAAAGAGGAAGAGAAAAGUGAUGACAGCUGGGAAGUGCCCCUUGCCUCUUUCCGCAAGAAUUUGCCAUCCUCAGAGUCAGACAGUGACUCUUCUGAGGACUCAUCUCAGAUGGAAGAAGAUGAUGCUCCACCUGUUGCAUCACCUGAGCCAGCAUACAUCCUAGAUGAACUUGAAGACUCAGAAGAAUAGGAACCCUCAGAGGAUGAAGAGCUAGACUUGGAUGGGAAGGAUCUGUCAACUCCUUUUGAGGUAAACAAUGCUUUCAGUCCUACCUUUUAUUUUGAAUCUGAUUCAAACAUGGGUCCUCAAAUCAUGAAUUGCAAAUUCAUUGAGGAAAAGAAAAUUUCCAAGGAUGAGUUUGAUAGGCAUAGGAUCACUGUUUUUCUUGAUCAAAGAAAAAUCCUUAGUCUAGUUGAGAUUGCAUGUCCUUAUGAUCCCUCUGUUGUGAAGGAAUUUUAUGCCAAUUUACAAACCUC